AAAUCAGAAUAAUAUAUACCUGUUUCAUCACCAUAGAAAGUCUUAGUGUCAUAACACUUACAUAUGGUAAAAACGUUGAAACCAUAUAUUUGUGAAUAACCUAGUAUGUAGAAAAGCAAAGAAAGAAAAGAAAAAAACUCGGAAGAAAGAUCAACAGACUUUUUAUGACAAAACUCAUAAUAACGAGUAUGCAGGUAUAUCAAUGAAAAAGAUUGUGCUAGUUGUGAAAUAUAGAACGAGAGAAACAGAAAUGAUACUAAGAAGAAAAAAAAUAACUGAACAAUUUUAGAAAUAAAAUAUAUACACGCCACUGAAAAAAAUGAUCUUUCAACAUGAAAAUCUAAAUAAGAAAAAAUAAUAAUGUUUUUUUUCCAGCUCUCCCUUGUCACUGGAAGAUACUACUACUGGUGAACCAAUAAAAGAAGACACAAUACAAACAACAACAGAUACUACCACAACGACAACGACAGUCAUCGAGGAUGACACAUGCGCUCUUGUUAUUGAUACAUCAUCAUCGAAAGACACAACAACGAUUAACGAAGAAACCAAUGCUGAAACUCUUUUUGAAACGCCGUCAUCCUGUUCGUCUUCCUCUUCGACUGUUGUUACUGUAAUGAAACGUUCAUUUGAGGAUGUUGACAACGAAUCUGAGGAAUUAUCACCACUAAAACGACAAAUAUUAGAACCACUGAAUACCGAUGUACCUAAAAUAAUGGCCGUUGUACCCUCGCUAUCUCCACCUACUGACGGAGAUGUUUCCACUACAUUAUUAACCGAAACGAAUCAAUCGAUCAUAACUACGACUACAACAACGACAACUGUAACAGAAAUAAUUAGCACAACGACAUUGACUCAAGAGGAACAACAGCCACAAUUAGAGCAGGAACCAGAAAAUACGGCUACUACAAUGCCACAACAAGUUUCUCACCGUCGUGAAAUGAAAUGUACGAGAACAUUACGUUCUCAUGCAAGAAAGCAAACGUUGAGUAGCAUCAUGACAACAAAUGACAUUAAUAAAAGGACGCGAAAAGAUAAUGAAAGACAACAACGUCGAAAAAUUGAAAAACAACCACAAAAUCAAGCUAUUACGAAUUCUGACACAAUACAAACGAGUGAAAAUAAUCUGACUAAUAAUCAAUUUGGACCACCAUCGAAUAAUAAUGAUGAAAAUCAAAAUUCAAGCAACAACAGUUCCGAUGAUAUGAUGUCAAAUGAUACCGCAGAUAAAGCCAAGAGUUUGAACGAUGAUGGUAGUUCAUGUUCGAGUGGCGAUGGUACAAAUAAACUAAAUGAUUUUGAUACUUUACCACCAAACAAACGGAAACUACGUGAAAGAUCAAAUGCAACACAAUCAACUUUAACAUCAAGUUCAUCGUCAAAUAAUUUAAUAACACCAACAGCAACUAAUACGCAAUCUUCGUCAACUUCAUCUUCAACAAACUCUUCAUCAUCAGGAACUGCCGGAACACUUUCACCAAAUAAUGUAACGCGAGAAUUGCCCGUGAAUUGUAUCAAAAAAUUUCUAGAGAUUCGACGUCAAGUAUGUUUUAAUUUAUUUAUCUUCUUUAUUUUUCCUUCUUUCUUUGCUUUUCUACAUACUAGGUUAUUCACAAAUAUAUGGUUUCAACGUUUUUACCAUAUGUAAGUGUUAUGACACUAAGACUUUCUAUGGUGAUGAAACAGGUAUAUAUUAUUCUGAUUU